GUUUCUCAACAGCAAUCAGCUCACCGGACCUCUCCCUUCCAACAUAGGAUCCCUCACAAGUCUCGAAGUCAUAGACCUUUCGUACAACUUUAUUUCAGGCAGCAUCCCUGACAGCAUCAGCUCUCUCAAGCAGAUGACUCAUAUGUAUCUUCACCGCAACCAGAUAUCAGGUCCUCUCCCUUCUGGCAUAGGUGACCUCACCAAGCUGCAGAUUCUCGAUCUCCGUUACAACAAUCUCUCAGGCAGCAUCCCAGCUAGCAUCAGUGCACUACAACAACUGAAAUUCCUGAGUCUCUACAGAAAUCAGCUCAAUGGCACCAUACCUGAUGGCUUAGCUUCACUGACAAAUCUGGUGACCUUGUUUCUUCACUGCAAUCAGCUCUCCAGCUCAAUUCCGUCCAGCAUAGGCGCCCUCACCAACCUGCAGACCAUUGACCUUUCUUACAACCAGCUUACCGGAACAAUCCCUUCACACAUUAGCACCCUAGGACAACUCACCUUCCUCGACCUGUCUGUCAACAAGUUUUACGAAAGCAUUCCUGACAGCAUCACAGCACUCAGGGAGCUCACCUUCCUCAACCUCUUCAGCAAUAAGCUCAUUGGUAAUAUACCCUCGGCCAUUGGUUCGCUCUCCAAUCUUGUGACUCUUGAUCUGUCAACAAACCAGCUUUCUGAUAGCAUCCCUGACAGCAUCAGUGCACUCGGCAAACUCACUCGCCUCUCUCUCUUCAUCAACCGGCUAACGGGGUCCAUACCUUUCAAGCUCGCCUCGCUAUCGAAUCUCAUCAACCUGGGGCUGUUCAACAACUAUCUCACAAGCUCUGUGCCUAACGAGAUUGGCUCACUCAACAACCUAGCCAUGCUGGACCUGUCCAGCAACCGUCUAUCUGGAAAAUUUCCUGACUCUAUUAGCUCCCUCAACAAACUCACUGUCCU